AUGAAAUGUAUUAUUUUCUUUGCAGGUCGAGAAAAGGGUCGCUGUGUUGCUUCAGAAUUUUUCCAUGGACCAGAUACAGAUAUUGUGACAGAAAAUACUGCAAACAUACUGAAGACUAUCCGUAGCGCAACCCCAUUUCCUAUGGUCAGCCUUUUUCUUGUGUUUACGGCCUUUGUCAUAAGCAACAUUGGGCAUAUCCGACCACAGAGGACCAUACUAGCUUUUGUUUCUGGCAUUUUCUUCAUACUGUCUGGCCUUUCCCUAAUUGUAGGUUUGGUUUUAUAUAUCUCAAGUAUUAAUGACGAAGUCAUGAACCGGCCCAGCAGCUCUGAACAAUACUUCCAAUACCGGUAUGGCUGGUCUUUUGCGUUUGCAGCCUCAUCUUUUCUCCUAAAAGAGGGUGCUGGUGUCAUGUCCGUAUACUUAUUCACAAAGCGCUAUGCUGAGGAGGAGAUGUAUCGUCCUCAUCCAGCUUUCUACCGCCCCCGACUCAGCGACUGCUCAGACUACUCAGGCCAGUUUCUCCACCCCGAGGUGUGGCACCGUGGCCGAAGCCCAUCUGACAUUUCCAGCGAUGUCUCAAUCCAGAUGACCCAGAACUAUCCACCAGCCAUCAAGUACCCAGACCACAUACACAUAUCAACAUCCCCCUGCUAAAAGCAGAAUCAGUGGUAAACUUUUUGGAAGACCUAAGCAUCUUCAUAGGAUAAAGUUCUCUACAAAGAUUACACAAUUUGACCUGUACAACUAGAGACAGAGUACUGUGGAGCUAUAACUAUGAACCUUUACUUCCAAAUGUCUGGAAAUUUCCAGCCCCAGUACCUGGAAUUCAGAUUUUUUUUUUAACUCUGAUCUCUGUUUAGUUUUAUUAUUUUACCUUACUAUUAUUACAUUGGCAAUUACUUCUAGACUACUUUAAUUAUAUAA